AGGUUGUUUGUGGAAGGAGACCAAUAGAGCCACGACGAGAAUCAAGCGAUCAAGAUCUGGUUUUAGUCGAUUGGGUGUUUUCGUGCUGGAGCAGAGGUGAGAUUCUUCAAGUAAUUGAUCCAAAUUUGGGCAGUGAUUACAUUGCAGAUGAAGUGAAGUUGGUAUUGAAGCUUGGCUUGUUGUGCUCUCAAUCAGAGCCUGUAGCUAGGCCGAGUAUGAGGCAAGUUCUACCGUAUUUGGAGGGCUCCAUUCUUCUGCCUGACUUAUCAUCACUUGGUAUUUCGGCCACUGGCCUAACGUCUGCAAAUCGCCAGGGCUUUGAUGAUUUUUCCAUGUCGUAUUCGUCUUCUAUGGAGUUUGCAUGUCCACAUUCACCAUCUGUUGCAGAAUCCCUUCUCUUUGGAAGCCGAUGA